AUGGCGCAAUGGGACUCUAACGUCCAAACCAAGGUAGUGGAAGCACGAGUGCAGCAUCGGGCACAGAGUGUCGUGCGUCGAAAUGGCAUGGUGUCACUCAAUCCUGGCGGAAACGAGCCCAUACCGGAAUAUCAAGACGAGGCGAGGCGAGUUCGGAUGCUGGAUACGUUGAUACACCAGACGGGCCAGGGCUGCGGCGGAUGGGACGCCACGGACCACGCAGCGUUCGUAGCGGUCUUGCGGCACUUGGGCUGGACAGACGUGACGCUGGCCAACCACUUGAAACACCACGAUGAAGGGUUUGACGCUCUACAAGUCGAGGCAGUGGUGCGCCGAUGCUGUUCUGGCAGCGGCGUCCUCACAAGCAAGUCCCCCGAUGCCAUUCGCACGCACUUGGACUGGUACUUCAGUCAUCUCAAGCUCGUCCACGAGAAGCGGCGGGCGAUCGCCACGUGGAAAGAUAAACGAGAUGAACAACGCCGAGCGUCGUCACUCGCCCCGUCCCCACCAACACAGCAGCCCAUGUUGGCCAGCGACAAAAUGGACGAACGUCGGGCGCGGGAGCUGGCAGACACCAAAGCUCAAGUGCGGGCAUGGCGCACCGAGCGGCGGAUGCAGGAGCAACAGGCCAACGAAACGAGAUCGAACCGACCACUGUCAUCGUCGGCCGAAGCCUUGAGGCGAUUGGAAACAAAACAAAAGGUUGCGUUGUACAAGCUCAAGAAGGAAGAAGAGCGAGCGAGGCAAGAAGCUGCCUCUGAAAUCGUUCGAAAAGCUUCCAUGGCGCGGCAGCCUUCCAAGAAGCAACUCCACAUCAUGUCCGAGACAGCGAUUGCGACGGCAAAAGCUCGACUGGACAAAAUUCAGUCUCACCAAGCUGCCAGCCAACAGGCUGCGGCUCUGCCUCAUCGGCCGAAGCUUCACUUAAAUAUGCCGACAGACUCGACGGCAGCCCAGCCGACCAAAUCGUCAACAGCUCGAGAGACCACGCCGGACGAAGUCCAAGAUAUGGCUGCUGCCCGUCGGGCGCUGGGAGCCCACGCAGCAUAUGUGCCAGGGUUAGCAGGGGCUCGUCAUGUCAAAGGAAAAAGUUUCGGGCAUGUGUCGAGUCAGCCACGACAGGUGCCGUCGUGGAGGGCAAUAAAAUAA